GUCAUCAACAAAAUUAGACCAUAAAGUCCUUAGAAUGAAGGUAUUUACGGAUGUAAUUGACCGAUUUCCUCGUGCCAAAUAUCCCAGAAGAAGGAUCCUCGAUGUCUGCGAAGGCCAUGAGUUUCUGCUGCGCGCAGAUGCAUUCCUGCGGACUAAUCUUCGAAAAGGCUCACCUAUAUUCGUACAACUGGCAUGGCUAUAUGAACAUCCAGAAAAAGUCAAUAUUUUGGAAUCCCUGUAUUUUCAAUAUAAAGCAAACUUAGAUAAACAUGAUAGUCUUGGGCCUGUCGCUCAGAUUGAUGGCGAUGCAACGACAAUUAAUGACAAAGAACCCCCUUCGACUGGCCUCUGGCUAUCUUACCUUAUUGCACAACACCAUAAUCACCUUGGACGCUCUCUUGCGGCAAUUCAAAUUGUGAAAGAAGAAUUAGAAAAAACGCCAACUCUCAUAGACUUUUAUGUACUACUAGCCACUAUAUUCAAAGAUGCUGGUGAUAUAAUAUCUGCCAGCAGGUUAAUGGAGGAAGCUCAGUCCUUAGAUACCGCAGACAGAUAUAUCAACGCAUUGUGUACUAAAUAUAUGGUUCAAGCUGGUCGACUUAAGGAAGCAGAAGAGAUGGCAGCGAAAUUUACCCGUCCUUCUUCCAUUAUAUCAUAA